GGUUCGGCGAAUGAGAAAGCCCUUCCUCCGUGUGGAGGCGGUCCUUGCGCGAGCCAAUGGGAGCGGCCGUGAGGUCCAGAGGCGCGCAGGCGCGGGUGCCACCAGGAAGUGCGGGGCUGUUGCGCUGCAGGCGAGCGGGAGGGAUGGAAGGAACGGGAGCAGAGCGGUGCCUGUCUGUGGAGGCCUUUGCCCAAGUGGCUGAGGAGGGCGUCUCCAGCCCCCAGUUCACGGGGCUGUGCUCGUGGCUUGUGUCAGAGCUCCGAGCCCUUUGCCCUCUUGAAGAGGACGUGAACCCAACUCAAGGUCCCGAAGAUGCUGAGAUGUUCCAGAUCGAGGUGAGUGGCCUUCUUGCUGAGCUGUGCUGUCCAUAUCCCUCACUAACGACGGGAGAUGUAACGGCAAGACUCAGCACCCCCGAGAGCUGCCUCCAGCUGCUGUGGCUUGCUUUCCAACCCACUGAUCCUCCUGGUGGUCCUUCCUUUGAACUUGCUCCAAUUUUGGAGGUCCUUUCCGCUCUGCCUCCUGAGCACCAGCAGAUGGCGCCCCUCCUAAAGGUCCCUCUGAGUUCUGAAGAAUGGGCAACCUUGGGGGAAAUCCAUGAAACCCUCCAGACAGAGUAUCGAUGUCGCGAACGUAUGAUGAUCACCCGUCUGGAUGUCACCGUUGCUUCCUUCCAUUGGUCCGAGAGGGCAGAGGAGCGCAGGGCAGCCAUGGCAGAGGCCUUCAAACGCUUCCGGCAGUCUCUGCCAGGCCAGUCCCCGGUCACCCUGGCUCAUCUGUUGGCAGCUAGAGAGGACUUCUCACGCAUCGUCAAGACCAGCAGCGGCGCCUCCCGGGACAAGACCAGUUGUGCCAUCAACAAGGUGCUGCUCGCAGGUGACGUCCCAGACCGGGGUGGCCGUCCGAACGAGAUAGAGCCUCCCAUGCCGACGUGGGAAAAAAGGCGCUCAGGUGGGGGAAGCAGCAGCCAGCGCUGGGGCAAGCGGGGGAAGAAGAAGAAGAAAUGACGGGGAGAUCCCGGCCUCGUUCAGCUCAGGCCGCAGACCUCGGGGAGGUGAACUACGGAGAGAGGAUCCGCAGAUUUCUGAGUUCGCUUCUCACUGAGCGAGUGGCUCCUAGCGAGCUAGGCUCAGGCUUCGCACAGGGUGGCUCUCGGGGUCCCCUUCUGCAGGGUGGAGGUAAAAGAGGUUUAAAACAAGUGUGCAGUUAUGUCUGACUUGGAGUGGAGAGGGCAGGGCGCUGCUUUUGAUAGGCGCAUGUUUGCGUAGAUGCCUUCCCUUUUAAAAAGCUGGCUCCGAGGACCAGAUAUUUGUGUCUCCAAAUCCAUAAUUUAGUGCUACUGGAUUGUUCUUUUGAGUUGCUUUCCGGGAAGGAAGGAGAACCACUGAAGCUUUUUUUUUUUAACGUUAUCCAGUAUUCUGUUGCAUUACUCAGUCACACGAGAAUCUUCCCCACCCUGCUCCAGUGGGCAUGAUCCUGCUGGAGCAAGGGAAUGCACACACCGUUACCCUUAUGCUCUAAAUAGGGUGUGCGGGAUCUGUGGAUUGUUUGCACAAGAUGACUUGGAGUCUAAAAGAGGUCAAAAUUCCUGGGCUGCAGAAAAUUAAGGUGGCCAGAGAGGACUGCCAUUGGGCUCCUUGUCCUCCCUAUGAUUGGCUUUCACUGAUGCAUGUGAGUGUGGGAUGUCCUGUCUUGUUUUAAGGAGAGGAAAAUGUUAAAAAUGGUAAGCUGUGUGAAGACUUGUUGAACACUAUUUAGCUGUCAGUUGCUGGAUAGGAAAAUAACUUAGAUGCAGAGUUUUGAUCCUAUCCCAUCCUCUCUUAUCAAUUCAAUGCAGGCAGAUGAACAUAAUCCAGAUUACAUAACCUGGGUGCAGUUUAGUCCAGAUACAACUCUGGUAUUAAAUUUGUAAUUCAAA